AUGGCGGGGCGAACGUAUGACGAAGCUAUCUCGGCGCUGAACACGUUACAAUCGAAUUUCGCAAUCGUUAAUUCGUUUAGACAGUCCGGGGUAAAUAAGAAUCAAUAUGCCAUUCCGGAGAUGAUUGAGUGGUGUCGGAAAAUUGGCUAUGAGCCAUCCGACUUCAACCGCCUGAACCUCAUACAUAUCGCAGGUACAAAAGGCAAAGGCUCAACAUCCGCAUUUAUCUCCUCCAUACUGACCCAAUACAUCCCCUCGACAACGACAACAAGCACGGACCAAUCCACCGUCCACAAAGUCGGCCUUUACACCUCGCCACACUUGCGAUUUGCGCGCGAACGAAUAAAGAUAAACGACGAACCCCUGACAGAGGCCCAAUUCGCUCAAUACCUCUUCGAAAUCUGGGACCGUCUGGAACAAUCCGCGAAAGCCGCGGGACAUCAAGAUCCUUCAAGCCCCGAAACAAAACCGGUCUAUUUUCGGUAUCUUACGCUCAUGGCACUGCAUGCGUAUUUGAGUGAAGGUGUCGAUGCGGCUGUCAUCGAGUGUGGGAUUGGUGGUGAAUAUGAUUCGACGAAUAUUAUUGAUCGGCCGGUUGUGUCUGGUAUAACAAGCCUGGGAAUUGAUCAUGUUGCUAUGUUGGGGUCUACGAUUGAGGAGAUUGCAUGGCAUAAGGGUGGUAUAAUCAAGACAGGUGCAAAGGCGUUUACGGGGCCACAGGCAGAGACUGCGCUUCAAGUCUUACGGAAGAGAGCUGAAGAGAAGAACACGGAGCUCAUUGUUGCGCAGGGUCAACCUGAACUGGCAAAGGAUAGUGAAUUGAAGUUGGGUCUGGAUGGGGAUUUUCAAUAUACGAAUGCGAAUAUAGCUGUCGGUGUUGUUGCGGAGUUUUUGAGGCGUCGUGGUGAGCAGGAUAUUCCGGCGGAUAUAUUCAGCUCGCCACUCCCUGAGAAGUUCCGGACUGGGUUGGAGAAAGCCAGACUGGGCGGCAGGUGUGAGACUCGCCGAGAGAAGACGGUCUCUUGGUAUAUUGACGGUGGGCACACGCUCGAAAGUAUUCGCGUUGCGGGCCAAUGGUUCGCAUCAAAGCUGGUCGACGAUGCUGAGAGCCAGAAACCCCGAGUCCUCAUCUUCAACCAACAGACACGAGACAGCGUAGCAUUAGCGCGAGCGCUACAUCAGACUCUAGCCGAAGUUCUUGGAUCUGCACAACCUUUUACGCAUGCCAUAUUCUGCACAAACGUCACGUACAAGAAUGCAGGUUACAGACCGGAUCUUGUCAGCGUCAAUGCCAAUGCGUCUGAAGUCGAGAAACUAAGCGUCCAACACACACUAGCUGAGUCAUGGAAGGAUAUUGACCCCAAGGCGCAGACUGUGGUCUUUUCUACGAUUGAGGAAGCGGUUGAUUUCGUGCGUGAUCUUUCAAAGCAAACUUCUGACGAUGGAACACCUGUCAAGACAUUGGUGACUGGUAGUUUGCAUCUUGUGGGCGGAUUUCUGGAUGUGAUUGAGACCAAGCCGGGAGAAAUCGUGGUAUGA